CCGCUCCAAACUGAGUGUGAAGAAAAUAUGCGCAUCUGAAUCACGGGCAAACAAGCUUCAUGCUAUUGGUUCCCCGGGGAUUUACCUGGAAAUGGGAGUGCCCAUCAUCAUCAUCAUCAUCGUCGAGAUGAAUUGUUCCUUCCUCUGAUCCCUUGUAGAGUCCGUUGAAGAAUUCGAUUGGGAAUAACUGAACCAACGUUCCCAGGACUCCAAGCAUGGAGCCUAUAACGUCAUGGAGCAAGGAGAGAGUAAGCGACUGGCUCAAAGGUCUGGAUGUCCCUCUCCAGCAGUACCCCUUCAAGGAGUGGCAGGUGACUGGUUUGGAACUGCUGCAGCUCUCCUCCCAGGACCUGGAGCGUCUGGGCGUCCAUAAGAUUGGCCACCAGGAGCUCAUCCUCGAGGCCGUGGAGAAGCUCUGCUCCCUGACGUACGGUAUGGGUGGAGAGAGCCUGCGCUGCCUGACAGAGAAGCUGCGCAUUGUGAUCCACUCCCUGACCAUGGGCAUCCAGGUCCGCUGGAGGGUGAACCCCUACGACGGGCAGACUGCCACCAGGCUGCCGGCCAGCGUGCUGCAGGUGGUGCUAGAGCUCAUCACCUCCGCCAAGGGCCUCUUCUCUCUGCUCAACAGGUACCAGUUUGCCCAGCUGAGUGCUUACACGACCAGUAGGACCAUCAUCACCCACUGUAAAGAGCUGGGGACCACAGUACACAAGGAUUCAACAGUUUACGAGAAAGAAAAGGACAUCAUCUCCAUCUGUCGUCAGUUGGAGGCAGUGUGCGAUGAGAUCCUGAAUUGCAGUCCAGAGGCGCUCCUUUCCCACACUGCCCAGUUGGAGAGUGUUGACCUGGUGCCUGUCUCCCCCGGCGACCACCUGGGCAUUGAGAUCACGUCCACUGGCUCCAGUAAUCACUACAUCACAGGCACCACCGCAGAGUCACCCGCUGAGUUCUGUGAGAAGAUACUGGCUGGAGACGAAGUGAUCCAAGUCAAUGACCAGAUUGUGGUUGGCUGGAGCAGGAAGAACCUCGUGAAGAAACUGAAGGAGAACCCCAGUGGGGUGACGCUGGUCCUCAAGAAGGUCCCCGUGUCACUGAGAACCAAAGAGACAGCCCAACAGCCCCCCUCGCCACAGAAAGAGGAAGAGGAGGAGGAGGAAGAAGAAGAGGGAAACCAGAAACACUCCAUAUUUGAGAGAGUAGCAGCCUCAGUCAGGUCUCUGUCAUUCAGGGCUGCAGUUCAAGGGCCAGUGGAUAUCCAGCCUAUGGGCCAGGAGAAGUCGGAUUUGUCCAGCGACAGGGGAUUGGACGGCAGCCUGACAUACACCUUAUGUCCCAGAGGGUCCCAGGGGGACCUCUCAUACCUGUCAUCAGGAGAAGCCGAGGGUUUGGAGGGGUCCAGGCUCAGCCCCGGGCCGAACGGAAAGGGCUCUGCACCCUCCAGAAGUCCGUCCCCCCGGGUAAUAGAACUAGGCAGAGAGAGUAUCAGUUCCAUCAGUUCCUGUCCUGAGAUGGGCGGACACACGGAGGAUAAAGAACAAAAAAAGGGGUCUACAAAAGGCACGCGUAAAGCGAUGAGCAGCAGGCGGCGUGUGUCGUGUCGUGAGCUGAGUCGGCCCGAGUGUGACGGUUGGCUGUGGAAGAAGAGAAAGGAGAGCAGUGUGUUCAUGACCCAGAAGUGGCAGCGUUUCUGGUUCGUCCUCAAGGGCCCCUCUCUCUAUUGGUACACCAGUCAGCAGGAGGAGAAAGCGGAGGGCCUGGUUAAGAUCUCCAGCUACAACAUAGAGGGUGCAGGAGAACACAAGAGGAAGUAUGUCUUCCAAAUGUGCCACCAGCGCUUCCAGACUUUCUUCUUCGCAGCCGAGAACGUCAAUGACAUGACCAAGUGGAUCAACUGUCUGAUUUCAGCCAUCCAAAAACACAAGAAGUUCCACAAAGGGCCACCGGACAGCGAAGAGGAUUGUUACAGUGAGACCGAGUCAGAAGAUGAGGGGUCUUCUCCUUCUCCACACAGAAACAAGAUCUACACGAAAACGCUGUCCAACACACUGCCUCGGGCCAGGAAGGGCAAGGACAAGGGCAAGGACAAGGACAAAGAGAAGAAGGACAAGAUGCACGUUCCUGGUCCACCCACAGGGCGCAGCAGAAGCCCAGGAGCUCCGGAGGAUGAGAUGGGCGUGCUGUUCCACCGGCUGAAUGAGGGUGGCGUGUCCCUGAUUGGCAGCGACAAGCUCACAACUCACGACCACUUCCGCAAGUCCUUCAUCCGGCGCAACAAGAACCCGGUCAUCAACGAGAAGGCCCACGCGCUCCGCGUGCUGCAGAGCACCCUCAAGGAUAAAGAGGCGGAGCUCCAACUCAUUAACAAGGUUCUGGAGGACUCUGAUCUGACGUCGCAAAAGUACCGCCAGUGGAAAGAACAUAACGAAGACCUUCACCUGGUGAUCGAGAAACUGGCUGUCCAACGGGCUAAAGCUGUAGCCACGGCAAGGGUGGGGCAUAAAGAGGACCAGGACACACCCCCCGAACCGUCGCCCGGGAAGCAGGUCACUGUGGAGACGGGGGGGUGUGUGUGUGGACUGAGCCUUAGUGACGGGGAGAUGCUGGUGGAUGCGGAGCCGUUGUUGUCAGGCCCGGUGAAGAAUGUGGGUGACUUGGAUGUAGAGCCACAGUCCGAACACUCAUCGACUGCUGAGAGCAGCACAGAGCAGCAGAGCAGCAACACAGCCGAUGAAGCUAGCCCAGAUAAUUACUUCUACAUAUGAGACACCAAUGGACUGAUCUGAUGAUGGUUUUUCUAGUUUCCAUCAAUGAUUAUUAUAAGGGCCUGGUGUUUUUCCCAACCAUAUGACCUAAGCAGGAAAAACUCAUGGCUCUAGUUAUAGCUGUGAUACCUUCCAGGAGAUUUUUCUGGUCAGUAAAAAGUGUGGCCCCUCAGGAUUUUUGCUUGGUUUUUGUUGAUAGGAAAGACGGGCUUUGUCUAUCCAAACCUGAAUUCGGUAUUCAUAUAACAAAAAACUAACAAUUUUGCCAAGUAUCACUCUAUUGAUAGAUAUAUAUACUGUAUUCAUGGGAUAUUAUGGGCUGUCUUAGUUUUCUACUAUUGCAUUAUUAUUGCAGAUUUUAAAGGAGAUUUUACAGGUAAAUUAUAUCUGUGCUUUAUGCCUGUUAUGUACAUAGAAUUUUAAAUGUCAUGUAACAAGAUGUAUUGCCAUUUUUAAACUUAGAUUGUAUGUCUUUUUGCACAGAAUAAGGUCCGAUCUUACCACCUUAUGAACAUUGUUAUUAUAGAUCAAAGACAAUUAUUCAUUUUAAUCUGAGGUUAACAUUGAAGACUGUUCCAAGAUGUGUUCCCAAGUGUGUGUGCGCGUACGUGCUUGUUUUCAGCUGGGUUUGUCCAAUGCAUCUUGAAUACACUGAUGGUCCAAAACAUUAGGAACACCUUCCCACUAUUGAGUUGCUUCCAUUUUUGCCCUCAGAACAGACUCAAUUCUUCAGCAUGGACUUUACAAGGUGUCGAAUGCUGGCCCAUGUUGACCCAAAUGCUUUCCCACAGUUGUCAAGUUGGCUGGAUGUCCUUUUGAGUGCUGGACCAUUCUUGAUACACACUUUGAAACUGUUAGGUGUGAAAACCCCAGCAGCAUUGCUGGUCUUGACACACUCAAACCGGUGUGCCUGGCACCUUCUACCAUACCCUGUUCAAAGGCACUUCAAUCUUUUGCGCAUUCCCCCUCUGAAUGGCAAUACAUACACAAUCCAUGUCUCCGUUGUCUUGAGGCUUAAAACUCCUUCUUUACCCUGUCUCCUUCCGUUCAUCUGAAGUGUAUUUGACGAGUGACAUCAAGGAGGGAUCAUGGCUUGCACCUGUAUUUACCUGAUCAGUCCAUGUCCUAAUGUUUUGUACACUCAGUGUAAACUGAUUCAAUAUAUUCUGAUUGAGCAAUAGCGAUCCUCACUGGUGACUGAGCAAGUGACUGCUGUAAAGAACAAAUGAUGAACGCAUACAUUUGAUUAAAGUUUAAUAAUCUA